UGCGGGGGGGAGUAUAGCGCGGGCGCGCGUGCUGAGCCGUUCCUCCAGCCCCCAGCCGAGGCCCGCGCGGUGAGGACGCCUGCCGAACGCCGGAGGACUGGUGUCGCCGGGGAACCUCAGCAGUGUUGGCCGCUCGAGGAGCGCGUGAUAGUGGCGGUGGCUGGUGUGUGUGGUACGGCGGACGUGGCGGCCCGGGCGGAGUCGGCCGCGCGGCGCCUGUAUGGGAUGAGCCGCGAGCCCGCCGCAGCGGACUCGAAUGAUGUCUGCACACGAGGACCACACCCUAGGACAAUUGGAACCGCUGGUCUCCGGCUCCACGACUGACCUGGCCAGCGUAGUGGAGAUGUUCGACAGCCUGCUGGAGCGCAGUCGCAGCGCGGUGGCGCGCGAGGCCGGCUCCGACUCGGACCAGGCCGAGCGCUCGCCGCCCGACUCGCCGGAGCGCACGCCGGCGCCCCUGCGGUCGCUGCAGAUCGUCGAGGAGCGCGACGAGCCGGCGCCGGCUCCAGAGCGCAAGCGUGACCCGCGCGCUGGCCGCUACACCAAGCGCCGCUCGGCCGAGCCGCGCCCGCUCUCGGUCAGCUCCACCUCGUCCUCGUCCUCGUCCGCCUGCAGCUCGCUGCCGCGCGGCCGCGCCUGGCGCCUGCAGGGCGACGAGCCGGCGCGACAGGAGACCGGCGGCCUCCGCAAGUCGGCCAGCUCAGGCUCGGGCGACAGCGGCCUUUCGUCGCCGCUGACCUUCAUGGCGUCGCCGACCUCCCCAGGGGCCCUGCGACCGCGCCUCUGCGACCCCAGCCUCACCUACAUCGACCGCGUUGUGACCGAGGUCAUCGAGACCGAGGCCAUCUACGUCAACGACCUGCGCCAGAUCAUCGAGGGAUACCUGUUCUACUGGCGCGAGAACCCGGAGCCGGCCAUCGUCGACGAGCAUACGGACGCGCUCUUCAGCAACGUGCAGGAGAUCUUCCGGUGCAACAGCGUGUUCCUAUCGGCCUUGGAGCUGUGCGAGCUGGACCCGUCCAAAGUCGCUCAGAGCUUCGUCAGCCACGGCGGUCGCUUUGCGGUCUACAUCGACUACUGCACCAAGUACCCCAGGACGGUGUCAGUGCUGACAGAGCUGAUGAGACGGGAGACCACGGCGCGGCUGUUCCGGGAGCGACAGGCAGCUCUGGGCCACGCCCUGCCGCUCGGCUCCUACCUGCUGAAGCCCGUCCAGAGGAUACUCAAGUACCACCUACUGCUCCAGAACAUGAAGUCACACACGGACAGCCAGACGGAGGGCUACACGGCCGUCUGCGCAGCCCUUCAAACCAUGACCGCUCUAGCCGCCCACAUCAACGACAUGAAGCGCCGGCACGAGCAUGCUGUUCGCGUCCAGGAGAUCCAGAGCCUGCUGUACGGCUGGGAGGGCCAAGACCUGACGACCUACGGCGAGCUGGUGGCCGAGGGCGCCUUCAGGAUGCACCGCGCCAAGGCCUCCCGCCACGUCUUCCUCUUCGACAGCAUGGUACUCAUCACCAAGCGCAGGGAGGACGCCACGCUCGCUUACAAGGCCCACAUCAUGUGCUCCAACCUGAUGCUGAUCGAGAGCAUUCCCGGCGACCCGUACAGCUUCCACGUGGUGCCCUUCGACAAUCCGCGGCUGCAGUACACGCUCCAGGCCCGCAGUCUGGAGCAGAAGCGUGACUGGGCUCUGCAGCUGAAGCGGGCCAUCCUGGAGAGCUUCAAUGCCGUGAUCCCUUUCCACGCCCGAGAGCUGGUCAUGCAGUUGGGACAGGACAGAGCGGCCGGAGAGCACGUGCGCCGCAACAGCAACAAGCGCCAGCACUCGGCGCCCGAGUACUUGGAGCGGCGGCGCGCCUACAAGCGAGCCACCUCCUUCAACCAGAAGCUGCGCCUGCGCAGCCAGGACCGGGUGCGCAAGGGCUC